ACUAAUCAUGAGAGAAACGUGGAAUCCGCUUGUAAAGCAUCAUUCCGUGACGAAGAAAAAGAAGUAGAAACAAUGCAAGGCAUCAACAAACUUCUUAUUGAAAAUAUUUUACCAUCACAUGUAGCUGCGAAAUUUUUGAAUCCUAGUCGACCAGUAGAUGAACUGUAUGCACAUUUACACGAAGAUGUAUGUGUGAUGUUUGCUAGUAUUCCAAAUUAUCAAGUAUUCUGGAGUGAGUGGGAUAGAUCCCGAAAGUUAGAAUGCCUUCGACUUCUGAAUGAAAUUGUUUGUGAAUUUGACAAGCUUUUAUCAAAACCGAAAUUCAGUGGUAUUGAGAAAAUUAAAACAGUUGCAAGCACAACGUACAUGGCUGCUUCAGGUUUGAAUGAACAAGAGCUGCUUGAUACUUGUGAAUUUAUUGAUGAGAUCGAUGAGAAACCGUGUAAACCAAAUAAUACGGCUUAUCGUAACGUCUCGUUAAUGGUUGAGUUCGCACUAGCAAUGAAUGCUGUAUUACAAAAGCUUAACGGUGACUCAUUUCAGAAUUUUGAAUUACGCAUUGGAAUGAGUUGCGGACCACUGGUUGCAGGUGUCAUUGGAGCACAAAAACCCCAAUAUGACAUUUGGGGAAAUACUGUGAAUUUAGCAAGUAGAAUGGAUACGUAUGGAGAACCACGUAAAAUCCAUAUGACAACAACUGCGGGUCGAGUAUUACAGCACAGUUCAUAUGCGGUUAAAAGUCGUGGAUUUAUGAAGGUUAAAGGUGUUAAGGAACCAAUUGAGACAUUUUUUCUUGAUUUAAAAUACAGUAAUCGUGGUAUUAGUACUAAGCUCCAUAAUUAG